GCAGACUGCGGACGGGAAGAGAGGAGGAGUCCGUAGGUCCAGUAUUCCCAUCUUCAGAGCACACUCGGACGGAAAUCUGCACGACUACAAGCCUUCCCCGCGCCUUGGUACCAGCAGAAAUAAAUCAUUAAGUACACCAUCUAUAAAUCAAACAGACCACAAUAUCACGCCAAGAUCUGAUCGCCAAAUGUCCAUCAUCAAAGAAUCUGGAUCAUCUCCAAGUGACUUGCGGCACAGUGACACUGAAAUUUCACCCAGUAAGUAUCACACCCGACACGUUAUUGUUUUCUCUUCCAUCUCCGACAUCUGCACUUCAUUAUUCACAAUACCACAUGAAGAACCUAUCAUGACAAAAUUG